CCGGAACUAUUGUAGAGUCAAACGCCACACGGACUAGUUAUGAGGAGGGACAUUGUAGCAAACGCACAGCGGACGCGGGAUGCAGUUUUGUCUGGCGCAUGUGGAAUAGUGCACGAAUUUCUGCUACAUUAGUUUUGUAAUUUCUCUUCCCAUGUCCAUAUCAAUGGAGGCGGAUAUUAAAACGACACCUAAAGGCUUUCAUUGCUCUUUGUGCAAUGUCAGUAUACCAAACCAGCCAAGCUUGGAGCAGCACGUGAAAGGGCGCAAACACCAGACGCUCAGCACUGUGAGGUCCACCAGGAGGUCUCAGGAGGAGCGCAGUGUGUUCGUCAGCGGUUUGAAGCCAGAUAUCUCCAACACUGACCUAGCCGAGUACUUCCAUCGCUUUGGUCCUGUCGCAGAUGUCAUCAUGGAUAAAAACAAGGGUGUGUAUGCCAUUGUCCAAUUUGAUGAGAUUGAUGGCAUGAACACUGCUUUAUCUUGUAUUGAGCAUCGACUGAAAGGCCUGAAGCUCCGUGUCAAACCCAGAGAGAAGAAGGAGUUUAAAUUAAUACCUAAAAAGAAAAAUGACUUUCAGAACCUACAAGAAGUUUUUGACAGACUUAAGCCUGAACUGUGUCAGCUGGGGUCUGUAAACGCACAGAUACAGCACAUGGUAGAGCGUUUUCAGCUUGGAGACAAUGAAAAGAAAGCCAGAACCUUAGUAAUCCAACUACUGCAAGAGGUCUUUGUUGAGUUCUUCCCAGACAGCAAAAUUAUACCUUUUGGAUCUUCUGUCAACACUUUUGGUAUCCACUCGUGUGACUUGGACCUGUUUUUGGACUUGGAAAACACCAAGGUCUUCCAAGCUCAUGCCAAAGCCAACUUGGAACAGGCCGGGGAGGGCAUGUCAGAUGAUGGCCGUUCAGAAGACUCCAUAUUAUCUGACAUUGACCUAUCCACAGCAUCUCCUGCUGAAGUUUUGGACCUAGUGGCUGCCAUCUUGAAGCGCUGUGUCCCCAGUGUGGACAAAGUUCAUGUUGUCAGUACAGCCCGGCUUCCUGUGGUCAAAUUUCACCACAAAGAGCUCAAUCUGCAGGGAGACAUCACCCUUAACAACAGGCUGGCAGUGAGAAACACACGCUUCCUUCAGCUGUGUUCUGGAGCAGAGGAGAGACUGAGGCAGCUGGUCUGCACUGUGCGACUGUGGGCCAAGCAGAAGCAGUUGGCUGGUAACCUGAGUGGAGCAGGCCCUCUGCUCAACAACUAUGCUUUGACACUUUUGGUCAUUUUCUACCUGCAGAACUGUGACCCUCCAGUUCUGCCCACAGUAGACCAGCUCAGACAAAUGGCAUGUGAGGAGGAGGAGUGUGUGAUUGAGGGUUGGGACUGUACUUUCCCCACCCAGGCCAUUGCUGUGCCUGCAAGCAAAAACACUCAAGAUCUUUGUGGCCUACUCACUGGCUUCUUCAGCUUCUAUGCCAAGUUUGAAUUUGCCACAAGUGUUAUUUCCCUCAGAUCUGGACAGUCAGUGCCAAUUGAAACUUUUCAGAAAAAAGCAGAUGAAGUCAUGAAAGAGGAUUCAACCACUAAGCCUCAUCAGGGCAGCCCAAAAAUUGGCCCUAUGAAUAUCUUGGACCCUUUUGAGCUUUCCCACAAUGUAGCUGGAAACCUAAAUGACCGCACAGCCCGCAGCUUUCAGAAGGAGUGCCAAGAGGCGGAGAAGUACUGCCGCAGCUUGCAAUACCAGAGCAAAUCCAGCAAAGGGAAGUCAUGGGGGCUGGUGCGCCUGCUCACCCCCCACGGUGAGGUGCAGCAGACCCGGGCUGAGCUCUUCACAAUCAGUAUUCCCUUCAAAUCAGACGUGCUCCCAGAAGACCUCUGUAAUCAACAGCAUAUAGCCAAGGAUGCGUUCUCCUUACUGUGGUUUCAGCGAGUUUGUGCUGUAGUAGAGGGCAUUUUCCAGAAUGUUCUCAAGUGUCACCUUGUCUCUGCUCCUGAGGUAUUUGACGCAGGUGAAGAUAUGGAGGCACAGAACUCGUCUUUGGAUGACAGUGGUAACAGUGUAGAAUCUCCUGUUGAGCUUGGUCCGAACAUAGGAACCAAAAGGCCACUGUCAUGUGACAGUGAAGACUCUGUGUCACCUCAUGGCAAGAAACCAAGGUUGUCCAAAAGGGGGCGCACCACACUGUCUCCCUGGCUGUGGGAGCAGAGGCACAUAGUAUGGGCGGGGAGGAGGAAAGUGAGGCGAGAGCUGAUCAAAGACUCUGAGGCUAAAGCUGAAGGGAGCUGUGUGGAGCUGGAGACACAGGUCACGUCUCACAUCACUGAGAAAGAACCAGAGCUUAAAGAGGCACUGCAGUUCAAACUGCAGCCUCAGGUGGUGGGGGCGAAAGAGAGCACAAGCACCCUGCUGAAGUUCCUGCCUAUUCAUGAUUCAGCUGGACUCUUUCAAGACUUCUUCCAUUUUCUGGAAGUGUUUCUGCCCAAGAUGGUAGAGACAAUGCUUGUGAAAAGAGUAGAUAACUAAAUGUUUACAUAUUGUUGUCAAUGUACACUUUUUUUGGUGGUAUUUCUACUUCUUAAUAUGCACUAUUGCAGGUGGACCAUGUCCCUAAAAUGAUGUCAGAAGAGUAUUUUUGUAGUCCUCACUAUACGUGUUUGUGUUGAGAGAUAAGGUUUAAUAUUGGUUUAUUUGUAUAACAUUGAGGUCUGGAAUGGCUUAAAUUCUGUUUUAUGCUUAAAAAGCCCAUUUUAUGUUUUUAGUAUGUUUUGUUAACAUAAUGCUUCUCUGUGACAUUUCUCUUUAAACUCUAGUGGUCAUGUGACAUGAAAUGAAUGAAUUAGCAAAGUGUUUGUCAGACACUACCUAUUCUCACGACUGAUGAAGACCACCAUCGACAGUUUUAAAUAAAAGUCUUGGUAGUGCUUUGACAGCAGCAGA